CCGUUUCAAGUCUUUUAUUAUGAUCACUUAAUAAUUUGAUAGUAUAAUUGUGUAAGAAAAUCGAACAUUAAUUCGAAUUUUCAUACCCAUUCUCAUUCUACUUUGCCACCAAUAAGAUUUUCUCAAAAGUUGAAAACAAAUAACAAAACUAAAUUUAAAUCCUAUCCAACUAGAAAAGGUUGGAUGUCGGCCUUCAUCGUUCGUGACGUUGUCACACAUACUAAAAAACUUGCGGUUGCCACCGUCGAACAUAUUUGCACGUUUUCUUUAAGUCAUUUUCACUUUGCCCCCUUUCCCUUAUUCAGUCGCCACCCACACCCAUCCUUUAAAGGCACCACUUUCGCCUCCUCCUCCAUCUCAAACUUCUCUCAUCAACCAUGGUUUGUCCCCGCGAUUGGCCUGAACCGGUUGUUAGAGUGCAAUCAUUAUCUGAAAGCGGGAAACCAGUAAUUCCCGACAGAUACAUCAAGCCACCACCGGAUCGGCCCGUUUUUAACUCAUCUUCUCCCGACGACAUAAACAUACCUGUUAUCGACCUCGCCGGACUGACCAGCGAUGAUCUCACCCACCGGGAAUCUACUUUUAAGGAAAUAUCGGCAGCGUGCCGUGACUGGGGGUUCUUCCAGGUGAUCAAUCAUGGCUUGAAAGCAGAACUCGUCGACGGAGUUCGGGAUAUUUGGCGGGAGUUCUUUCAUGAACCGAUGGAGGUGAAGCAACAAUAUGCUAAUUCACCCAAAACGUAUGAAGGUUAUGGAAGCAGAUUAGGACUUGAAAAAGGGGCAAUACUUGAUUGGAGCGAUUAUUAUUUCCUUCACUAUCUUCCUCCUCCUCUAAAGGAUCACAGCAGAUGGCCUGCGCAACCAUCUUCUUUGAGGGAAAUUGUCGAAGAAUACUCGAAGGAAAUAGUGCGGUUGGGAAAAGUUUUGCUCGAGGUAUUUUCCAUAAACCUUGGGUUAAAACACGAUUACCUUCAAAAAGCUUUUGGUGGAGAUGAUAUCGGAGCUUGUCUGAGAGUAAACUUCUACCCAAAAUGCCCACAACCAGACUUGACUCUGGGUCUAUCGCCUCACUCUGAUCCUGGUGGCAUCACCUUUCUCCUCCCUGACGAGAAUGUUAGCGGCCUUCAAGUCCGGCGGGGUGACCAAUGGGUCACCGUUAAACCUGCCCCACAUGCAAUAAUCGCCAAUAUUGGAGAUCAAAUUCAGGUUUUAAGCAAUGCUAUAUACAAAAGUGUAGAACAUAGGGUGAUAGUGAAUCAUGACAAAGAGAGAGUGUCAUUGGCAUAUUUCUAUAACCCAAAGAGUGAUCUGCUUAUUCAUCCAGCAUCGGAGCUCGUAACCGAAGAAACACCGGCUCUCUACCCCUCAAUGACUUUUGAUGAGUACAGACUUUUCAUUAGGACAAGAGGUCCGCAAGGGAAAUCCCAGGUGGAAUCUUUAAAAUCGCCGAGAUGAAUUUUUCGCAUCUGUGACCAUAUAUUUAUGUAUGUAUGUAUGUUAGUGUAUAUGGGAAAUCCCUAAUGGAAUCCUUAAAAUCUCCGGGAUGACUUUUUACACCAUCCGUAUUUGUAUUUAUGUACGUUUUUGUAUAUGAAAAUACUUAAUGUCUUGUGAUCCUUAACUAUUAAUAUUGUGACAUGAUUGAGGGUC